CCCUCCCCGCCCCUUCCCUCCAGAGCCAGGCGUGCCCACAGCACUGGCAGUCGCUCCAGGGCCGCCAGAGAGAUCGGCGGGACGGCAACGCGGGCCUCGGCAAAAACAGCAGCAGCAGGAGGAGGAGGAGGAGGAGGACCUUCUGCCGAGCCUUUCCGCCUCCUUUGCCUCGGCCCUGGGCAUUAGCGGGACCUUCUUGCGGGGGAUAACAGGCGUCCGGCUGCGGCGCAAGGAUCUGCCUUGGAGGAGGAGGAGGCGUCGGCUGCUUUCGGAGGCUUGCUUUCUCGGAAGGGGGCUUGCCUUUGGGGACUUCGGGCCAACGCGGCGCCCAGAUGAGUGACUUUGGACUCAAGAACAUGGAUCAAGUAGCACCUGUAUGCAGUGUUUAUAGAGGGCUGCUCAAGCGGCAGCCUGCGUUUGAUAGCUUUGAAAGUGCAAAUUCUCUGUUUAUGGGAUACUUUCCCUCUUUAAAUGAAGAUCAGACACUUCAGGAAGUGCCCACGGGCCUUGACUCUAUUUCUUAUGAAUCAAAUAACUGUGAGUUGCCCCUUUUAACUCCAAGUAGUAAAGCGGUGAUGAGCCAAGCUUUAAAAGCAACUUUCAGUGGUUUUACCAAGGAACAGCGCAGAUUGGGCAUCCCAAGCAAUCCAUGGUUAUGGACCCAGCAUCAGGUGUAUCAAUGGCUUCUCUGGGCUGCAAACGAAUUUAGUUUGACAAAUGUAAACUUUGAAAGGUUUGCCAUGAAUGGCCAAGAGUUAUGCAACUUGGGAAAGGAGCAUUUCUUGGAACUGGCACCUGAUUAUGUUGGUGACAUUCUUUGGGAACAUUUGGAGCAGAUGAUAAAAGACAAUGAAGAAAAGCCACAGGAACAGUAUGUGGAAAAUUCCCAUCUCACUUCAUCCCCACACUGGGUCAACAACAACACAUUAGGUAUUGAUAUUGAUCAAUCCCAGUAUUGUGCUCAAGUACCCAGCUAUCCAAAAACCUUGAACUAUCCAAAAACCAGCCUUCUAAGUGACUUAUGCCAGACAUCAACUGGACAAAAUCUUGUUAAUUUGAAGCAAGAAUAUCAGAUGUUUCCUAAAGCGCAGCUAGAAACAGUCAGCAUGAAUUAUUGCUCCAUGAGUCAGGACUUUGCAAGAAACAGUCUGAACAUGCUGUUGGAUAACUCAAGUAAACGCAGGGAACUUGAUUCGAGUGACAGUGGCACAGAAAGUUAUGAGAGCUCAGACUCAUUGCUACAGUCUUGGAACAGCCAGUCCUCCUUAUCAGACGUUCAGCGUGUGCCGUCCUAUGAGAGUUUUGAAGAUGACUGUAGCCCGUCACUGUGUCUAAAUAAACCUACAAUGUCCUUUAAAGACUACAUACAAGAAAGGAGUGACCCUGUGGAGCAAGGGAAACCAGUUAUACCAGCAGCAAUUCUAGCAGGAUUUACAGGCAGUGGGCCUAUACAGCUAUGGCAGUUCCUUCUAGAACUAUUAACUGACAAAUCGUGUCAGUCAUUCAUUAGCUGGACUGGGGAUGGAUGGGAGUUCAAACUUGCUGACCCAGAUGAGGUUGCACGACGAUGGGGCCGAAGGAAAAACAAGCCCAAAAUGAACUAUGAGAAGCUUAGCCGUGGCCUGCGCUAUUACUACGACAAAAACAUUAUUCACAAGACUUCAGGGAAACGCUACGUAUACCGUUUUGUGUGCGACCUACAGAACCUGUUGGGUUAUACAGCAGAAGAGCUGCACGCAAUGCUAGGAGUACAGCCAGACACAGAGGACUGAGACUGGCUGGUGACAUUUAUGCAAAAUGCAAGAACACAUGAACUGUUAUUGAGACCUUCUGCAUCAGUCAUUGGUUUGAUCCUCUGGCUGUUUAGGAGGGUCCACUGUUAGCCACCUUAAAGAAGUGCUUUUGUUGUUGUGGAAGGAAAGAAAUUGCCUUAUUCUUGGGCGCUCUGGCUACAUCUGUCCUCCAUAACAGCAUUGAGGUCAGCACAGUUCCUAGCUGUAAUUUGAGCCUAUGAAAGUGUCCGAGGGCUCGUUCUCUGUGUUGUGUACACCGCCAUAUCAUUAAGGGUGUUUACCCCCUACCAAAGGCUGAUAGCCAUUGGCAUUUCUAGCGCAAAAAAGAAAUUCUCCUAAAAUAGCAGCCUUGCGGAUGUCAACAUGUUGUGGUGUGUGCGAGCUUAUAACAGAAAGGACGAGCUGUCCUUUGAGUAAUUCAGGUGCUGAAGUGAAUUUUCAGUGGGCAUUCUUUCAAAGAACGUGUUUUACUACUUGGUGUCCACAGACAGGUUGCAUAACCUCAGAACCAGGAGAAGCAAUGACAGGCGUUCCUCACAGGGAUGGAGGAAUUCAUACUGUUUCAGACAGCUACAUAUGUCUGUGUGUAUAAUAUGCAUAUGUGUAUUUGUAAGCAUGUUUGUACAAUUUCCUGGCAAUUUAUGCUCCUAUUUAAUAGAUAUUAUAUACUGUAAUUUAAACUCACGUAAACAUGUGAACGAGGAAGAAAGUAAAUGUUUCAUUUUGGAACAGUAGCAUCUGGAAGAAUUCACUCUGUGGAAGGAGUUAAUGAGAUACAAUAGAAUAGGCGCAUGCUAAGUGCCAUUGUUGUACAAAAUGGUGUGGUCACAGCUACCAAAUUCUGGAAGUAUUUUUUCCAUAAUCGACUAAUAGUGCAGUCUACAGCAUAAAAGCUCAGUUUGACUCCCCUCUCCCCUUAAAUGAAAUUGAAAAUGCUAACAUUGUUUAAAAACUAUUUAUUGAUGGGUGUCUCCCAUGCAUGUCCUUUAAAAAUGUAUAUACGAUCUUUAUUUUUCUCUCAUGUCACUAUUCCCCACCUUCUUUCCCUCACCUAGAAUUAUCCUGAUUAAAAUAUGGAUUCUAUUUUUGGUAAUGUUUCUGACUUCGUUUCAGUGAUUUGGAGAAAGAUGUGUAGCAGCUAUUUUUACUGCCAAAAAGUUCACUGGAAAAUGUGAUUUGUAAGACUAUUUUUUAAUCUUGAGAUUGAUGUAAAUGUACAGUGUGAGGUUUAAAAGUACCAAAUUUUAUUAAAACCUCUUGAACAAA